AUGGCAGACGUCGCUGUGAAGCAAGAAGGGAUGAAGGAGGAGGAGGAGAAGGAGAAGAAGGAGGAGAAGGGGGAGAAGGAGGACGAGGACACAGGAAGUAGCUCCAAUGGCACCGCCGUGAAGAAAGAGGAGGCCGAUGGUGCGGAGACCAAGGACGGGGAUGGGUUCAGCGAUGAGAAGUUGAAAGAAACCCUCUUCGCCAUAUUGAAGCUGUCAAACCUUGAGGAGCUCAGCAAGAAGAUGGCGAGGAGGAAACUUGAGGAGAAACUAGGGCUCAGUGAAAAGAGUUUAGAGGGGAAGAAGCAAGAGAUCGGCGAUUGGGUUGAUGAGUUCGUUGCAGCUCAGGAAUCGAGUGCGGAGGAGGAGGAGGAGGAGGAGGAGGAGGAGGAGGAGGAGGAGAAAGAGGAGGAGGCGGAGAGCGAGGCGAGGAAGGGCAAGGAGAAGAAGAAGGGAGGGAAAGGGAGAGGAGGAGCAGGUUGGGGUUCAAACUGGUUCAGUGAGGGUCUGGCGAAUUUCAUGGGGGCCCCGUCGGGAAAGCGGACGGAGGUGGUGAAGGCGAUAUGGGAUUACGUGAAGCAAAACGACCUCCAGGACGCCAAAGACAAGAGGUUCAUCAUGGUGGAUGAGAAGCUGGAGCAGAUCUUUGGCAAGAGAAAGCGUGUUCAUAUGUUCAAGAUGAAUCAGCUGCUCAGCCCGCACUUCGGUCAGAGGUGUGGAGCCGAGGACGAGAGCGGUACAUUUAAGGUGGAGGAACACGAGGGGGAUGCUGAGCAGGAAGAGGAAGCGCCCAAGAAACGGAAAGUGUUUGGGGCACACUUCUAUGAGGUCUUCCGGAUCCAGGGUGUUCAAAGGGCAAAGUCCCAACCAGCACCAAAAGAUUCAUUUCCCGUGUAA